AUGAAGCCGCCUGUGCGCAGACGUGCCGCCCCCCAGCGCUUUGUGGGGUCAGACCCAGCCCCAGCCCGGACAGCCCCAAUACGCUUGGCAUGGAUGUGCAAGGAGAAGGUGGAUCUUCUGAGAGGUCUUAAGGCCCAGGUGGAUCAAAAGGUCCCUGACCCGCCCAUCCAAGGGCGGAGCCAAUCAGAGGUGUCCUCCUAUAUCGCUUGGUUGCGUGGCCGCGCUGCCCGGGAGGCCGUCCAGACCGUCUAUGAGAAAUGGGUACAGGACAGGAAGGCUGAAGAGGCUGAGACCCCAGUGCCUAUUGAGGUAUGGACGGAUUUAGUGUGCCAAAUGUCCAAGCCAACAGAAGAAGCUGUGACCGCUGCCUUCUCGCAGAUGUUGACGAUAGCGUCUACCGAACCAGAGACUCUCCGUCAUUCCAUACCCAGUAAAGAGCCCCGGAAGCGUGCUUCUCGUGCCAAAAGCCCUGCCAAGAAGAGCUCACAGCAGGAAGUGUCCUCAGGGGAGGGCCCUGGCCCCUCAGGGGUGGGAGUUAGCAGAUAUAGAGGAUGAUCGGUGGAAGAAACUUGACUUUGAGAAAAUUUAUAAAUAUCUUUCCAAGGUGGCCACAGGGGAGACCCUUCCGAAGCUGUCUGAAUAUGAAUCGGCAGUUGUCCUUCAUCUCCUGCACUGCAUCCCGGACCAGCUACAGACUCUGGAUGCCCAGCCUUUAAGUGACCUUCUGCGUAAAACCUACACGAACAUGAACAAGCCAACCAGAUCCGAGAAUUCAGAGCAGGAAGAGACCGCAUCGGACUCACAGGCGCUGGACUGGAAAGAUUUGGGCUUUUGCCCCUUAAAUCCUUUUCUGCUGCCUCUUGAACUUUUGAAACCUAAAGAGAAAACUGUGUUGCCUUCUUGA